GCCAACUGGCUCUAUGCCCCCGCCCCCGCCCCUUGACAUCCCAGAUUCCCUGGCUAUUUAAACAGAGAUGGGUGCCUCCAUCUGCACACUGUCCUCUGGCUGUCCGACAUCAUGCCUCCCAAGAAAGAUGUUCCUGUGAAGAAACCUGCAGCGCCUGCUGCCCCCAAACCGGCUCCCAAGCCAGCAGCAACAGCAGCAGCAGCUCUGCCAGCCAAGGCCAAGGCUGAGCCUGCUGCUGCGCCCUCAGCCCCUGAGAAAGUCCGGGAGCCCCCAGUGGAUCUCUCCAAAGUGGUGAUCGAGUUUAACAAGGACCAGCUGGAGGAGUUCAAGGAGGCCUUUGAGCUGUUUGACCGUGUAGGUGAUGGCAAGAUCCUGUACAGCCAGUGUGGGGAUGUGAUGCGGGCCCUGGGCCAGAACCCUACCAACGCUGAGGUGCUCAAGGUCCUGGGGAACCCCAAGAGUGAUGAGCUGAAGUCCAGGCGUGUGGACUUCGAGACUUUCCUGCCCAUGCUGCAGGCAGUGGCCAAGAAUCGGGACCAAGGAACUUAUGAGGACUACCUGGAGGGGCUCCGGGUGUUUGACAAGGAGGGCAACGGCAAGGUCAUGGGGGCUGAGCUGAGACACGUCCUCACCACCCUGGGAGAGAAGAUGACUGAGGAGGAGGUGGAGACAGUUCUGGCAGGCCAUGAGGACAGCAAUGGCUGCAUCAACUAUGAGGCCUUCCUGAAGCACAUCCUUAGUGUCUGAGCUCAACAG